UUUCCAGGACGGUGUUUAGAUUCACAGUCGGGAUCGAGCUAAGUGCCUAGCCGCCAGGAAAGUGGAGCACGACUAAAAAUACCACCCAGGCUCGACUCGACGCCUGCCUGUCAGUGUUGCUGUCAUACGGUCCUUCCUGCCUGCCUGCCUGCCUGCUUUGCCUGACGUCCUGCCUCCAACCGGGUUCUGGCAUUCCCUGAAAACCCACUCAAAGCACAGUUAGAAACCGGGGGGCGAAAUAAAAACAACUUUGAUCUGUACAUAUUAGAUGACAGUCAGAGGGGGAAAAUACAGUACGAGGACUGACUGACCCCUGUUCUCCCACGGCUCCAUCAUGCCUGGCAAGAAGAUCAAGCUUCCCAGGCCCCCCGCUCCCAAGCCGGAGGAGGAGGAGGAGGACUAUGAGACCCCUCCGAAUUACGAGCUGGAGAAGCACCUGACGCACGGCAGCGUGGCCUACACACACGUCAACCAAGUCUGGCCCAACGUCUACAUUGGGGAUGAAGAGACAGCGAGGGACCGCUAUGGCCUGCAGCAGAAGGGCAUCACCCACGUCCUGAACGCCGCCGAGGGCACCUGGAACAACGUGGCCACCGGGGCAGAUUACUACCACGGCAUGAACGUGGACUAUUAUGGGGUGGUUGCCUCUGAUGUGCCCUCGUUUGACCUGAGCGUCUACUUCUACGAAGUGGCCGAGUAUAUCGACAGCGUCUUGAGGAAUCCUGAAAACAAGCUGCUGGUGCACUGUGUGAUGGGCAGGAGUCGUUCAGCCACUCUCUUCCUGGCCUACCUCAUGAUCUGCAAGCACAUGACUGUGGUGCAGGCCAUCGACAGCGUGAAGGUCCACAGGCGCAUCAUCCCCAACUGGGGCUUCCUCAAGCAGCUCAGGGAACUGGACAUGAGCCUGCAGGAGAAGAGGAAGGGAGGAGGAGGAGGAGAGGGAGGGGGACGGAAGGAGCAGGAGGGGUCGGGGGACUCGGAAAAAGCAUCAACUUCGGACUGAAUGAAGUUGAUAUUUUCAGUAAUUCUCUGAGAAUUAUCUGCAAGAUUUUGAGAUGGGGGUGAGUCUGCAGGAGCGGAAAGGGGUAGGUUGAGGCCGAGUGACUGAACUGUAGUAUGUUGAAAUUGGAGGAAAUCGCAAGCUGAGUCUCAUUAUAGUAUAUUAUGCCACAAUGUCCAUAAGCAGACGCGCUUCGCCCCUUCAGCCAUCAAGUUUGCACUUCUUUUUAGGCACACCCAAUUUAUGUCUUAUGUCUUACUUUAUUGGGCUUUUAGUGCCUUUAUUGUGAUAGGAUUGUGAAGACAUGACAGGAAAGUAAUGGGACAGAGAGAUGGGAAAGGGUUGUGAAAUGACCCAGGCUGGAUUUGAACCAAGGCCCCCAGGUAUAUGGUGCAGGUGCUCUAUGCAGUGCACCACAGCCACCCCCCAGAGUUAAUUCCUUUGAAGUUGACAGCGCCCACCACUGCUACACUUGAGAUAUCCUAAUAGGAUUCCUAUGGUCAUUAUGGAUGGAAAGACUGACUGACUAAUCAGGCCAAGGCCAGUAAAUGGACGCGCAUCUGGUGAAAAAUGUUGUCUGUGCAGUAAAGUAAUGUUGUUAUUGUUGACAGACCAUUGUUGACACUACUGUUUGAAACCUACUGAUCUUCCUUCAAUGGUCCUCCUACCUGCCUGGACACAGCAGGUGUGAGUUAACAAAUGAUGCUUAAGAUA